AUGUCGUCCACACAACUCUCCUUCUCCCUCCGUGUCUCCUCCGGUGUCAAGACCGUCCACUUGCUCGGCUCCUGGGACAACUACGUCGGCCAGCUCCCCCUCUCCAAGGACAAGACUUCGUCCAAGUCCGGCUCGUGGAAGGGCACCUUCAAGUUCAGCGGCUCCACCCUGACCGCCGGCCAGCGCUACUGGUACUACUACAUCAUCGACGGCUACCACGUCGCUCACAACCCCAGCGUUGCCUCCACCGUAGAACCCACCACCGGCCGUGAGCUGAACAUCCUCGACGUCCCCUCCAGCGGAAAGUCCUCCAGCAAGUCAAGCUCCAAGUCCAGCAGCAGCAGCAGCUCCAAGUCAUCCUCCAAGUCGUCCUCCCACUCCUCGUCCCGCAGCUCCCGCCACUCCUCCAAGGACAAGGACGGCAAGUCCAGCCGCAGCCGCCACCGCUCCUCGUCCCGCGACAUCCCCAAGGGUCGCCCCCUCUCCGUCUCCCAGAUCAAGGCCCCCAAGCCCAUGUCGCCCCACGCUACCCAGCACAUCCUCAACAGCGACUACUGCGACGACGAGACCAUCGAGGAGCUCACCGCCCGCUUCGGCGCCGCCGGCUUCGACGAGGAGGACAUUGUCACCGACUUCUCCAGCUCCCCCGUCUCCUCCACCGGCUCCAGCCUGUCCUACCGCUCCGACAGCUCCAGCCCAAACUCUUCCCUGUCCGGCUACAGCACCCCCGGCUCCGACGUCAGCACCUGCACCUGCGAGCGCUACGGCAUCACCCGCAAGGGCGACCGCGUCAAGAUCGACUGUGGCGGCGCCCGCUGCGGCUACGGCGACAGCUCCGACUGCUCCGAUUCAGAGGAGGAGGACGACGAGGAGGAGUACGUCACCUCCACCCGCCGCCACGGCAUCGUCGUCCGAUGA